GUUGGCGUUGGAUUGCGGCGAUGUCGGUCGGACUUUGAAAAUCCAAGUGAGAUUCAACCGGCAGAACGGACAAGUUGUCUGCCAUGUGUUCUAUUCUGAAAAAAUUGGGUUUGGUGCUUGUUUUUCAGCAUGUUCUACGGGUUUACUUUUGCCCCUUUAGCCGACGCUUUUUCAACGCAUGCUUGACACCAAUCAAGGUGGACAACGGAGAAGCAACACUUUCUACAAGGACAAAUCCAUCUCAAGUUUGAUAGCGAUAAGUGAAGGAGGUGUAAAACUAUUUUUCUGCUACCAUCCGGAAUAGAAUGGACGCCUUCUCCCAGCGUGUUCCAGCGCGGUCUUGUGGGCAAUAAUAGCCCACGAUCGUACUUGCAAACUCCUUUGAGGGUCCCAUUCAGCGGAGGGUCUAUCACGUGACGGAUAACCAGUGGCACAGCGCGUUAUGAUUGGCUGUAGCUUUUGCCAGCGCGACUCUAUACUGCGAUUGCUGCCAAUCCAGUUGGAAUUCUUCCUUUUGCAAACUGAAGCUUGUCCAGCCCACCUGCGAAAAGCCAGGAACUUCAGUACAAGAUGGCCGACAGCGUGACGAUCCGCACCCGCAAGUUCUUGACCAACCCGCUUCUGCAACGUAAGCAGAUGGUCGUGGAUGUCCUUCAUCCUGGCCGCGCCAAUGUUAGCAAGAAGGAACUCCGGGAGAAGCUUGCCAAGCUCUACAAGACCGAUGAGGAGAGCAUCUUCGUAUUUGGAUUCCGUACCCAGUUUGGAGGUGGCAAGUCAACGGGAUUUGCAUUGAUCUACAACUCUCUUGACUCUGCCAAGAAGUUCGAACCCAAGUACAGGCUUGUGCGGCACGGUUUGGCGGAAAGCCAGAAGACGGCUCGUAAACAGCGCAAGGAGCGCAAGAACCGUUCCAAGAAGUUCCGUGGUACCAAGAAGGCGAAGGCUGCCAAGGCUGCCAAAUAAGGAUCUUGACCAUUUGUGCGAUACGGUGGGAAUUGGCAGGGGUCCUAACCGUCGCGGUAGUCCUGUUGGUAGAUUUGAAUGGGGGGUACUAGAACCAUCCUUCGAACAAGUCGGUGUCUCGCUGUUCUUUUGCGUGAUCACACUUGUUUCUGUACACAGCUUCGCCCUUGGCGAUAAUACAAUAAUCAAAAACAUUGACUUGCAUGCAGCAACCGCGCA